AUGUCGGGUGGCUGUGGAGCCACGAGCAUGGCCGAACAGCUUGAGCUGUUCGUGCAGAUGGCCGCAGCUCCUCCGUUGAAGAAGAACCUUGCGUCGGAAGCCUUCACAACAGUUGAAUGCGGGACCGACAUUUCACUUGCACAGCUUGCAGAUUGGGAAGAAAUGGAGAGCGAACUCAACACGGACGACGAUGCAGUGAUCGAUGAGAAUUUCCAGCGUUACAAGGCCAUGUGGGAUGAGGAGAAGCAGCUCGAUGAGGAGUUCGACACGCUUCGUGCGCAGCUCAAACAAGACAAAGCCUACAACCACAGGGAGAAUCAGGGCCAUCAGCAGAAAGUGAAGAAGCUGCAGCAGAUGCUGCAAAAAGUGAAGAAGGAGGAUGCCUCGCGCAAGAAGGCCUCGGAGUCCAAGGUGGGCAAGAUCAAGGAGCAGCUGCAGGAGGAAAAAGUGGAGCUGACCCAGAAGCUGGAGCAAGCGCGGGAUCUGAACAAACGGCUGAAGCAGAAGCUGGAAGCUCCGGCUCUCGUGGAAAGCAAAGACACAACCAAAAGGUUGAAGUCUGAGCUACAUUUGUUGACAAUGGCCUUUGCAGACGAACAAGGCAAGGCAAAGCUCCUCUGCCAGGAGUUUGAAGGCAAUUCCGCUGUUCAACGAGUUCGUCAGAUCGAAGUCGACCAGGUGACGCAAUCACUCGAGAACUUGCAGAAGCGGCUGGACACUCUCAAGGCAACAGCAUCAAAGCGUGCGCAGAAGAUUCGUGACCUCAGCAGAAAGCGUGACGAGAUGCUCGAGACGAAAGAUGAUGCGAAGGAGUUCGUUCGAGCUCUGAGAUGCAAGCACAAAGUUGCCAAGACCAAGUUCGAGGACAUGCAAGGCAUUACACGGACUACCAGAACCCUGAGCAAGUCUACAAAAUCCAGUCAAGUGGCAAGCAGCAAGUCUGAUGAGAUGGUCUGA